AUGAGUGCCGACUCGAAAGUCGCAGACAAUGCUUCUGCGUUGCCUCCCGAUGUGAUCGACAUCGAAGUAUUUGAGCAGCUCCUCGAGAUGGACGAGGAAGACGACCGUGAUUUCAGCAAGAGCCUGGUGUACAACUACUUUGAGCAGGCCGAGAGCACGUUUGAAAAUAUGCGGAAAGCACUUGCAUCGGAGGCGCUAGAGGAACUUUCGACGUUGGGUCACUUUCUUAAGGGCUCGUCGGCCGCGGUGGGUGUUAUCAAGGUGCGCGACAGCUGCGAGGCUAUGCAGCACUACGGAACAUGCCACGGCGCCGACGGCGUGACAGAGCUGAGCAAGGAAGAGGCCAUUGCUCAGCUGAAAAAUACGAUGGAGCAGGUCAAGCUCCAAUAUAAAGAGGCGGAGGCGACGUUGCGCGCAUUUUUUGGCGCGUAA